AUGACCGGCUUGGGUGAAAAAGUUUCAACUUCAACGAUAACUCCUAAUACUCCUGAUUCUACUACUACACCAUCAUCGUGGGGGUUUGUUUCCUUAUUUAAAAACAUAUCAGAUUAUCGAAAGAAACUAAAUUUGCCCAAUCCGGGCACUUUUGAAAAUCUACAUCGCGAGGUUAAAGCGACAUUCCUUACGAAUCAUUUAUUCGAUGGUGCUAGAGUCGACCUUACUAAAGUCUUAUCACAAAACAUGCAAGUCACACAUUCAUUUUCUAUGGGUUCCACGGUAACUCCUCCAUUGUAUAAUUUUGGUGCUGCUUUUAUCGGUGCGAAAUCAUUUCUUCAUGGUACAAUUGAUACAGAUGGUAGUUUAACAGCGCGUAUGAAUUAUGCAUGGAAUGCAAACAAUGUGACAAAAAUACAAGCUCAUGUAUCGCCUACACCAGGGCAUUCGAUGCUUCAACUUGAACAAGAUUAUCAGGGUUCAGAUUAUUCCGUCAAUUGUAAAACUAUUAACCCAUCACCAGUGGAACAAACUGGUAUUUUUGUUAUGAGUUAUUUUCAAUCUGUAACGCAAAAACUUGCCAUGGGAGUUGAAACGGUAUAUCAGAAGCCGACGCCUGACAUUGAAGAAACAUCGAAAUCAUUGGUUUUAAAAUACAGCGGAAAUGAUUACGUCACAACAGUCCAAUGGCAGGAAGUUGGUGCUCUACAGGCUUCUUACUAUCAAAAAAUUAAUGAAAAAGUGGAUUUUGGAACUGAACUUCAGAUUAUUUUAGCAGCUGGUCGAAGAGAAGCUGUGUGUACAGUAGGUGGAAAAUUCGAUUUUAGAGCCGCAACGUUUAGAGGACAGGUAGAUACGACUGGUCGUGUAAGUGCGGUGAUAGAACAAAAGAUUGUCCCUGGAUUUAGUUUUCUUGUCACUGGUGAUAUUGAACACAUGAAGAAUACAUCGAAAUUUGGAGUUGGAUUCCAAUUGGAGCAAUAG